AUGGGCUGUAUUGUAUCCGGGCUAGUCCUGGCAAAUGCUGAUAAUGGUGAGUACGACGAAGCAGAAGCCCAUUUGAAGGGAUUGUUCAAGAUCAUGGACAUAUAUGAAGGCUCAGGUCAGUUACUUUCAGGCUGGAUCCUUGGAAGGGUAACCAUCAUGCCUCUUGCUAUGAUCUUCGCCACCGCGUGGAACUUGCCCUAUGGUGGCUCCAACAAGGACGACUCGAAGCAACUGCCUCCUUCUGCAAGCCACAAGUCAUUAUGGGCAGAGGCCGCAUACUUCUACGAAUUGUUUGCCAUAGAAUUCCUCCGUGACCAGAUGACGGGUUCAAGGCCAAAGGCAGGUGGCGAGGCGGAGCGUCUGGACGUGAUCAUACUCAAAUGGCUGUACAAUCAGCGACUAAUGCACCCGUACGGUGUGCAGCUGGAAGACGCCAGUGAUGCAUCUCGUAAACUGACGACCCAGAACCAAGAUUGGUUGGAUGACUGGAUCUGGGUUUGGAGAAAUAGCGGCAAGCCGAUGACCGCUUGGCCAUGGCAGCAAAUUCUAAAGAAGAUUGCGUGGGUUGAGACUGAAGAAGGCUUCGAGUUCAUCAAAACCGUAUACCACGAAGCAGCAAAGGAGCAGAAGUAA